AUUCCGUUUGUUCCUUUCAAAUCCUAUAUUGUACCUAUAUUGUUACUUCCAAUCCAUUGGAGACCUAAGCUACGGGUUUCGAGACAGCACUCGUUGAUUCCAGAGAUAUUAUAUCCAGUAGCCCUCAAAGAACAAUUUCCGUGAAGGCGCAACCAUGCCUCCAAAGAAACCAAAACCCUUUAGUAUCGUGUCUUGGUACGGUGGGAACAUGGUGACGCCGAAGAAUGUAUCGAUCCAGAACGUACUACACUACAGUGAUGAUGACCUAGAAAGACGCCACGACUUUAUCCAGCUCCUUUUCCCUCUACCCUGGGCCAGUCAGCAUGCCAACAGAGACGUGGUGGCCACUAAAGGACAGCUCGCUACUAUACGUGGAGGUGGAAAGGUUGGCAAGAAAGUUCGCAUGACUAUGUUGGAGGCCUUGAAAAAGAUUCUGGCCAUGUUUGAUCUCGAGCUUACCCCCGUGAGCUUGUGUAAACCUUAUGGUGAUGCCGAUCGCGCUACGGCCCGCCAUCGUAAUCGUGGACGACGUAUCCGCAGGAUCACGCCCGUUGAAGCUGGAAGUGAUGAUGAAGAUGCCAAGAAGAUAGAUCACGCCGCUCGCGAAGCCAGAUUUCAAGCUCUGGCGAACCCUGGUAACCACCAUCAUCGUCGUAUUACAAGGAUUAUUCGGUCACUACGACUCGCUGGCCGGCCCGAAGACGCGGAAUCGGUCUAUCGCUUCUUUCGGAGAUUUGCGGGAGAUCACCCUACGAUCCCACGGAGAACCUUGCACAUGUGGAGCGUAGCUGCAAAUUCGCCGUACCUAUUUACAGACCCGGCAGAAGACUAUAAAACUACUUCGCAGGAUGUUAAGGACGGAGAACCAAGCGACGAGGAGGAGGAGAAAGAAUCCUCAAUUGACGAGGGUGGCGGGAACACCACGGACGAGGGUGGCAGUGUCGAAGACGGAGGGGGUGGCGGUGUCGAAGGCGGAGGGGGUGGCGGUGUCGAAGGCGGAGGGGGUGACGGUGUCGAAGGCGAAGGGGAUGACGGGAGUAGCGGGAGUGGCAGCACGUCCAGCAGCGAAAAAGCGCAUUCAGUAUAUGGCACUGAUGAUGGAUUCGGAUCCGGAGACGGCACCCCUCCCCCUCCAGGCCCCAACGAAGGGCAACCACCAAAGAUUGGAGAUCCCCGCAUGAGCGAUGAAGAGGUUCAGAAGCUCACCCCUUUGGAAAGGGAUCUUCACCACGCACGUAUCCAGCACAGGAAAGAAAACAGGGAAAUCGAGAUUAAGUUGAACUAUCGCAAUGCCAAUGGCGAAUGGAUAGCCGUGGAUAAGGAUCCCAUGACGAUCACCUUGAUCGAUUUGCGCAUAUGGCAGAUCGUACUUAGGGAUAAGGAAGAGGAGCGGCGAGGCGAGGAGGCAAUAGAACGUCGCAUUAAAGAAGGGAGAGAUCUAUAUGAAUCGUCUUCGGACAGCAGUGAAGAAGACGAUGAAAAUGAUGGCAAAGAAUUUCUCAGAACCGAUAUCAGGAGGUUUGGGAAACGCGACAUGAGUCCUGAAGACCGAGCGAAGCUCGAACCGUGGGAACUUAAACUCCACCUCGCCCAAAUUGAGCACUUGAACGACUACCUGGAAAUCGAGGUCAAGUUCCGGUUCCGCGAUGGCGAUGGCUUUUGGAGAGGCCAGGGAGCGGAACCCAUCAUGAUGAACUUGUGGGACUUGAGGGCAUGGCAGAUCGAGAUGGACCAUCGUCAAGCGCAGUGGAUGGAUGAGGUCACGCGGGGAGACCGCAGAUGGUCGGCGGAAAUAUCGAGUAAGUCGAGUCAAGAAUCAGACUUUGAUAUUGGAGACCCCAGGAUGAGCGAGAGAUGCUUUGCGCAGCUUGGCGCCGAGGAUCAGGAACGGCACCUCGCGCUUAGGACAUACAUUGAGAAAUUCAGACAGCUCGAGUACGAGCUGGGAUUCCGCGACCGCACCACCUUCGAAUGGAUAGCCGUGCAUAUGGAUCCCAACGACAUGAAUCUGGAAGAGUUGGAACUGUGGGACGUCGAGAUGGAGCAGAUGGAAAAUGCAUUUAUGGCUAAGCAAGAUGCCGAAGAAGCCACCGAAGAAGCCGCCGCCGAAGCCGCCGCCGCCGCAAAUGGCACUACUACCCAGCCGGCGCAGCAGAGAAGGCAACGAGUGCGCUCACCUGAGGGCAUAGAGGACGAGGAAAUCAUGGCGGACAGGGUUAGGAGGGGCUUGGACCCGUUCGGCGACUUCCCUGAGGCGAUAGUGUAUAAGGCUAUGUAUUUGCAGAGGGAAAAGGAGUGGGAAGAAAAGGAGGAGAAGAGGCUUGAGGCGGAGAGGCUGGAGAAGGAGAAGCAGAAGGAGAGUGAUGAUCCUGGGGAACAGCUGAGGGUGGAGGAGGCGGCGAGGGCUAGGGCCGCGAAGAGUAUGAAGAGGACGUCACGGGAGAAGUCUACUUCGAGCAGGUCUAAGAGGAGGAGGGUGAGAUGAUGGGGAGGAUGCCAUUUUGCUAGACUUUCUAUUUUUAUCGUGAAGCUUUUUUUUUUUUUGGAGGGGUUUGGGUUUUGGUUUCGCUGCUUCUGCUGAUGUUGCUGCCACUUUUUUGCUGGGCCUUUUCAUUCCCUUGUCGCGCUCGCGUCUUACAUUCUCUUUCUCUGAUGCUUUUGGUUGUUGUCAGGAGUUGGGGUUUCCUUUGGAUGGGAUUUGUGGCUGCCAUAAUCCAUUGAGACGCGCGUGUUUGCGUUUGACGCCACCUUCGUUUUGGUUAUCCCAGACAGUCAGUCCACGCACGAAUAAAUAGGACGUCUAUUAGGAUAACAAGUUAUAGACCUACCAUAUGUCUUUAUAUAAUUUCUUUUAAACACCAUCUUCAUCCCCGUGCAUUUAAUACCUUGUAAUCGCCGUUGUAUCAUACUGUUGGAGCCCAAAAAGGGGCGUCACGUGUUCUCUUUUCAUUCCGUUAUGACGAGGAAAUUCCGAAAGCAAUGCGUUCUUUGUAAAGAUUUCAUUACAAUGAAGGC